CGGCUGCCACAGUGCAUGCGUGGCGUGCCCACACCACGCGGGUGCAGCGACCGGCCCUGCAAAGGCCUUGGCGGCGGCGGCGGCGGCGUCACUCCCGAUUCUGGGCCGGCCGCGCGGAUGCCCCCCUUCGGAGGCGCUCGGCCGCAGCGGCGUAAAUUUAGCGCGCCAGUCCACGUUCGGCCGUCGCCCCCUCUCCCAGCGCCCAGUCGCCGCUCCUCUCAACGUCAAGCAGCGAGCACACGCACCGCGCCGUUUCAGAAAAUGGGGAAGAUUAUGCGACCAAACAAGGUGGUGCUGAUCCUCAGCGGCAAGUACGCCGGCAGGAAAGCUGUCAUCGUCAAGAACAACGAUGACGGCACGCCAGACAAGCAGUACGGACAUGCCCUGGUGGCAGGCAUCGACCGCUAUCCACGAAAGGUGACGCGGAGAAUGGGCAAGAAGAAGCUGACCAAGUACAGCAAGAUCAAGCCCUUCCUGAAGGUGUACAACUACAACCACCUGAUGCCCACUCGGUACACCGUGGAAAUUCCAUUCGACAAGUCUGUCGUCAACAAGGAGACUUGGAAGGACCCUGCCAAGAGGCGCAAGUCUCGGCGUGAGGUGAAGGCCAAGUUUGAGGAGAGGUACAAGUCAAAGAAGAACCCGUGGUUUUUCCAGAAGCUGCGCUUCUAAAAUGUUUGCUAUAUUAAAGCUGUACAUUUCUCCAA